AUGACCUGUGCAACUCAAACAGUCACAUUCGAGUCCUCUUCUAGCCGCGAGUCCAGUCCUGCGAGAGACGAUGAACGCACUCGGCUCCUGCCCCGAGGCCGCCGUCAUUCUUAUAACACCCUUCCCCGACGACGGCAGUCGAGCAUCUGCAACGCCGAUGCGAUCUUCGUCCGAGUCGAUUUGUUUCUAAGCGAGCUGAAAAGUAGGCUGGACAGACUAGAAAAGUACCGCCAAGAGAGCCUUCUACAUUUUGAUGCUCAAUUGGAGCGAGCCUACCAAGCUCUAAGUGAUGUACGAGAUUCAUGUGCUCCUACUUUAUCUGGUGAACUACUAUGGGGUGCUGCGAGACAUCGGGCCCUGAUUCUGGUCGAUACUCUGGAGACCAGGUACAACGACUUUAUGCCGUCUCGAGAAAGUCUGGAACACAAAGCACAAGAGGGCAUGCGGGUUAUGGAAUCCUUUCUCUUGGAGCUCGAGUCAGGGAUGCUUGAAAGGAAGAAGCAAUUUAUUGAUUCAGGAUGGAAGAAGGUCGACGACUCCCUCAAUGCUACCCGGGAGAUACUGGAAGACGGUCUCGACAAAGCUUUUCGGGCGAGAGAUUUGCUCGCCGACUCCGUCUCUCACGCAUUGACCCGAGCUGCCGAGACCAGGCUGAUCCAUUACGAAGAUCUUCCCACGCCCUGGAGGAAUAAUCCCCACAUCCUCAAGGGCUACCGAUUCAACAAGACACAGCUCGAGUGUCUCACCACUAUGUUUCACGCACACAAUGAGAUGGUGAACAUUUGGUCACACACCAUCGGCUUGCUCAUUGUUCUUACUGUGGCUUUUUACUACUAUCCUUCGUCAUCAACAUUUCCUCUGUCCACCAAAAUGGACGUCCUGAUUGCGGCCUGUUUCUUCGCCGCUGCCUGCAAGUGCAUGAUCUGCUCCACCAUGUGGCACACUAUGAACAGCAUCUCGGACAAGCGUUUGUUCGAUCGUUUCGCUUGUGUCGACUAUACUGGCAUUUCCCUGCUGGUGGCGGCGAGCAUCCUUAGCACUGAGUGGACAGCCUUUUACUGCGAACCCAUCUCGCGAGCGAUUUAUAUGAGUCUGACCACGGCAUUGGGAAUAGCCGGAGCGAUCCUGCCGUGGCGGGAGAGUUUCAAUCGAGCCGAUAUGGCUUGGUUCCGGGUGGCAUUUUUUGUCACCUUUGUCGUGGUUGGCUUUGCGCCGGUGUUACAACUGAACUAUACGCGAGGAGCUGCCUGGACUUUCUAUUUUUACGCUCCCGUUGCCAAAAGUAUCAUGGUGUAUUUCACAGGAGCUCUCAUCUACGCAAGCCAAGUACCUGAAAAGUGGUGGCCUGGAACGUUCGACUACAUUGGAUGCAGUCACAAUAUCUGGCAUGUUGCUGUGGUCCUGGGCAUCAUCUUUCAUUAUUUUGCCAUGCUAGACUUCUUCCAGGGCGCAUUCACCAGGGCCAGUGAUGGUUGUCGCUUGGGUUGA